UAGUUUUCCGGCAUUACAAUUUGGGAAGAGCAACAAAAAUUUAUUUGGAAAAUAAAAGUUAUACAAUGGGUAUGGCUGGUUUAUCAGAGGACUUUAUAACGUUAACACAAUUGAAUUGUGUGCAACAAUGCAGCGCAUUGAUACAUAGUCCAAAACCACGAAACUAUAUAACGGCCGCUACACUUUUUGGCAUAUAUUGCGGCGUGCUCGCUUAUCGUUCCUAUCGCAAUUACCGUGCGCGAUUGGAGGCCCAAAUAGAGGAUGUACCCAUCGAGGAGCCAGGUGCACCAGAGGUGCAAGCCUACGAGGAAUACGUCUACGAGGCGCCAGUUACGGAUCCCCACGAAUAUCUUUUGCCCACCAUUCGCGAGCCAAGUCUAUUGGAACAACAUUCAAAUGAAGAGGCCGUCACAGCGGCACCCUAGCCCAAUAUUUGGUACGAACUCGGCCGAAAAUUCCUUACCCAAAAUCAAGAUGAUAAUUUCCCAUUUCCAAUAAUUUGAUUUGAAACGCGAAACCCAAGCUCAAUUCCCAUUAUACGUGUUUCCAGUUUCAUUCAAAAUCUGACAGCUAAUAAAAUUGCACUUAAUUUAUUCCAUU